CGAAACGAAUUUCAAUUCCCGCUUAUAGCCAACCAAAUAAUCAAACGCUUCGAUUUGUGCUUCUUAUAAGAUCGUCCUUCGACCCACUUCGGACUGCUACUACUACUCAAAUAAUCGUAUUCUCUUCAUCUCGGCGGCUUAUAGAUAUAAAUAUUGCUUGUGUAAGCAAUUGUAAUGGAAACAAAUAUACCAUUACAUCCCAUAUUCACCUAAAAGGACAGUGCAUUCGAUGCCGCAAUAAGAAAAUUACUAAAUGGAAAUGGUGUGUGGGCACCAGUGUGGUUCAUAGAGCAUCUAGCAGGCUCAUAUAUUUUGUUAAAGAUGCACUUGCAAGCCGGCUUAGUAUUAAUCUUGAUGUUGAGGCUAAACAUCGCCUUAGACCAUCCUUUACAUAUCGUGGAUCGAGCUGGAUAUAUCUGGAAAAAAAUACUGGUCCAACUGGAACAACAUGUAAUGUUAAUCCUCGAAAAGGCGACGCUCUUGAAACUCUUUUCCUAAUUAAAUGUAUACAGAGUCAUGCUCGAUUUAAGCCAUUAAAAUAUUGUGUGGGCAUAACUCGUUUUUUAGUUGAAGAAUGUAAGACUGAUGAAAUGCAAUUUGUGAGGCUUCCUCCAACAACCAUUGUAUCCGUAAAGGUAUGUUAA